CUCUUCUCCCUCUUCCGCGCUCAAACAAUUUUUAAGUGAAUCGACAUGAAGACCUCAGUUGUCGUCGUCGUCUUGAAUCUUGAUGGCCUGUGCCGCCGUCUCUGCCCAGAUCCCGGCCGGUUGGAACUACAAUCCAUUCCUUUACUACCCGUUCACCGCACAACCAGCGCCCGUCCAGGAAACGGCCAAAGUUGCCGCCGCCCGUGCCGCUCACUUGGCAGCCCACAGCCCCACACUUCCGCCGGAGGAUCCAGCAGGGUGGUCGCCGUACAACCUGUUCCUGUUGUUUGGGGACAACCAGCAGGUGCCGUUUUGGACACUCCCGAAGUGAUGGCCGCCACCCUCGAGCAUUACCGGGCCUACAACGCCGCCGCUGCAGCCAACGGAAUCAUGGCCUACCUGCCCGCCAGAUACUCCAACAUGCCAUUCGGUAUGCCCCAACAGGUCCAGGAGACUCCCGAAGUGGCCGCAGCUCGUCGUGCUCAUUUGGCAUCUCACGCUCACGCCACCGCCCGAGUAGCGAAAGUGGUGGUUCCCGUUCAGCCGCUUCCAUCAGCGGUGGUCGUUGCUCCCCCUCAACCCGUCCAGGACACCCCUGAAGUUAAGGCCGCUAAAAUGGCCUUUUUCCGCGCUUUUCACGAAGCUGCCGUUCGAUCUGGUUAAACUACAUGCCCGCGCGUCGUGUGUAGAUAUUAAAUUGUCAUCAAUUAGGAUAUUUUCAAAUUGUGUUUGUCGAGGAUAAUAAUAAAAAUUAACUUUUCAAAUUGA